AUGAGCCGGGUGAUGGCCUCGGUCAAUCCCCUGCCGACCGGCCAUGAACCGUCGAAAAAACCGCGAAGCGAUCAGAUCUUCGACGCCCUCUCACAGGGAUUCCGCUCCUACAUCAAUUUCUAUGCCAACGAACGAGACCGCCUUCGAGCCGACCUCGAGGCUUCAAGCGACCCGAUGAUGGCAACCAGAAUUGAGCAGGAUCUGAUGGUGGUGGAGGAAAAUAUCCAACUCUACGAAGGGCACCUCCAUCGUCUCACCCGGCUUCAGGACCGCUAUCGCCAGGGUCAUUUUGCUUCGAUGAAAGCUAAUAAUUGGAUUUGCGGAAAUGGAAGGAAUGCAAAAUCGUCGUCCCUUUCGGACCUUCGCGCCGCUCUUUCCGGCCGUUCAUCGUCGGCCUCAGCCCCGACUGUGGCCAUUCACGGCGAGCUGGCCGCCAUGAUGGGUAGAGUCUCGGUUGAAUUAAAAACGAUUGCCGGUUUUGCUCGUGUGGUGCCGGGUGAUGUCUUUGAGGUCAACAUUCGGCAUGGCGCAACAAAGUGGAAGGCUCGCGGCAAGACCCUGGCCGAUCGAAGCCAAAAAUGGGACCGCGAAGUGAUGUCUUUCGAGUGUCAACCCUCGAGUACCGUCGAUGUCAAGGUAUGCGAAGUGCGCGUGUUCAAGACGAAAGUGCUGGCCGAGCGAUCGUUUGACCCGUGCGAGCUGUUCUCCUCGGCCCCCCAAAUGGUGACCAUCUCCCUGAACACACUCGGCACAAUCAAGCUGCAAAUGAUCGUCACCUGGAUUCCCCUGCUCGCCUCAAAAAACACGCUACAACCGGCAAUCAGUAGGACCGGCACCAUCGCUGCCAAUGGAGAUCAGGCUGAUGAAACGAAAAAGCCACGCGUCAUUUUGAGAGAAAAGAAGCGCGGAGGGGCAGCCCGGGUGGCGGCGAGGGAACAGUGGAGAUCGUCCACAAACCUACUCGACUCGAUAUACCAUGAUCUGUCGAAGAAUAUUCCCACCAUCGAGGCGAUGUCCACCCCUGGUCAUCGAAUGUCGAUGCUUGUCGUCUCAUCCUCAUCUCCGGACGUCUCCACACCAUUUGUUGCAUCUACUUCCAAGACGAAUUUGGCAGCCCCAGCCCAAGAUAGCCCAGAUUCGCUACGGGGACGAGCGUGCGCCGGUGGCUCGGCUGGGAUUUCGUCGUGCUCUUCGGCUACCUCCUCCUCGGACGUCGUCUCCAUCUCCUCCGUGGGCUCAGUGCUUGUUGACCUUCUUGAUGAGUGUCUCCCGCUUGCUGCCUCAUUAUCACAUGAACGGCAUCGAGAACUACACACAACACAUCAGAUUCUGGCACACUGGAGCCGAUUGCUCAGGCAGAUUUCCCCCUAUACCAGACGUGGGCCCGACGAUAGUACUGGACGGGCAAAUGGCAACAGAUUUGGCCAGAUGCGAGACCGCAGAAAGUCGCUGGGAGCCAUGCUGGAUGCGAGCGAGCUGGAACGGAUGUGCCUCGAUUCGGAUCGAUUCUGGCAGGACGAGCACCACCCGGUCAAGCAUGAAACGGCCACCGGACAUCAUGAGGUUGAUGCCUGUCUUGUGCACCAUUUGACAAGGAUAAGGAAUUCGUUGAAGGGCCUUUCGACCCUCUCCGGACCACUCCUCUUCAAAGGCACCGAAUUAUUACGCAAAAUCGAAGCGGAUACGGUGGCUCUGGAUGACCUGUUGCGACUGACGCCAUCCCUACCUGCCCUCCCCAACAUCACCAACGUGCUGUGUGAAUUAGGCGCCGAGGGGGUGAUCCAGGAGGCGUGGCUGUCGGCGUGCUACCCGCUUCAUGCUUCGCUGGUCGUACCUUUUGAGGAAUUGCGGAGUCAGCUUCGCGCCCACGUCUCGCCAAUCGUCGAGCCAGCAUACCCGCAUCUGGUGGCACGAGUGACGGAAUGUCUCGGAAGAUUGUUGAUCGACGGGCCUUCAGCUUCAGCCCAACCCGCUCAAAUCACUGUCUUCCACUUUGUUGCCGUAUUCCGGAAUAAGAAUUUCUCCGCUUACGUCGAGAGCCUCGCGCAUGAUGCAUGGAUGAUCUCUCUGCUGAGCACGCGGCAGCUCCGUAAUGUCAAGACGGUAUUCGAGCGUUUGGUCCAGGUGCCAAUCGCGCCUCCAAUCGAUACCCUGCGCCAUAUCGCGUUACUGCUCCACCACAACGACUCCAUUUUGCUGCCGACGAUCGAGCGGUACCUGUGCAGCUCGGUUGGUCGGCUACAUUCUGAUCUGCUCAGCUCUUUCCUGUGUCUCCUCGAGGCUGACGAUAUCCCAACGCGGAUAGGGGCCAUUCGAGCACUUCGAAUGCUGAAGAGUGCCCGAAUUGCUGCCCAACUCUGGUGGGUCGCCGAGAGAGACCGGAAUGCAGAUGUGCGACAGGAGGCCCUGAACCUGUUGGAAGAUCUCGGUGAAGUCGAUGGGAAAGAAGGGGAUGAGCAGGUCACCCGUAUC